AUGAACAAACUCAAGCGCACCUACUUCCACCCUCCGAAGCCACCGCCGCCGCCGCCGGUAACUGCCUCUGCAACCACCACCAAAACACUCAAUGCCACAAUCGGCCGUCUCUCCGCCCAAGGCUUCCACCGCGAUGUCCUCCUCACCUUCACCACCAUGCUCAAAUCCGCCACCACCACUCCUCCAGACGCCUUCACAUACCCAUCCGUGCUCAAGGCCUGCACUUCUCUCCGCCUCUUCUCUCUCGGCCUCUCGCUCCACCAACGCAUCAUCGUUGAUGGGCUACCCUCCGAUCCCUACAUUUCAUGCUCGCUGAUCAAUUUCUACGCAAAAUCAAGCAACGUUCACUACGCACAGAAGGUGUUCGAUGUAAUGCCCGAAAGAAACAUUGUCCCAUGGACCGCCAUUAUCAGGUGUUACUCUCACGCCGGGGAUAUGAAAAACGCAUUCUUACUGUACGACUCCAUGCAGUACGAAGGUAUCCCGCCUAGUUCAGUCACAAUUUUGAAUCUGCUUUCCGGUGUUUCAGAUAUUCAGCAAGUCGAAGUUUUGCAUGCUUCUGUAUUCAAAAGAGGCUUUUUAUGUGAGGUAUUUCUAAUGAAUUGUUUGUCGAGUAUAUACGCCAAGUGUGGAAGAGUAGAAGAAGCUAGGGAGUUGUUUGAGCUCUUGGAUGAGAAAGACAUUGUUUCUUGGAAUAGUUUGAUUAAUGCCUAUUCCACAAUCGGAAAUCUUGGCGAAGUUCUAAAUCUUUUUUUCCGAAUGAGAACCAAACAUAUCGAACCCGAUCAACAGACUUUUGGGUCGUUGGUCUCUGCGCUUGCAAGAGAGGGUAGUUUUGAAGUGGGAAGAGUUGCUCAUGGGCAAAUAGUGACUUCUGGAUUCGAAUUAGACAAACACGUGGGAACUUCGCUUUUAGUUUUCUAUUCAAGAUUCAAGAAAGUGGACCAUGCAUUGCAAAUUUUCGAACAGUCAGAUGAUAAAGACGUAGUCUUUUGGACAGCCUUGAUUUCCGGGCUUGUCCAGAACGAUGCUUCCGACAAGGCGUUGAGAAUGUUCCGGAAAAUGUUGGAUUCGAGAGUUUUCCCAACUUCGGCAACCAUAGCUUGUGUACUUGCAGCUUGUGCACAGCUCGGUUCUUUUAAACUCGGGAAGUCAAUACAUUCUUACAUGUUGAGACAAAAAAUGUCUUCGGAUAUCGCCACACAAAAUUCACUUAUCACCUUGUACGCGAAAUGCGGUCUAUUGGAGCAGAGUUUCGCAGUUUUUAGCAUGAUGGUGAAAAGAGAUAUUGUCUCGUGGAAUGCAAUAGUUGCUGCUUACGCACAGAAUGCGUAUUUAGAUAAAGCCGUUUAUUUAUUCCAAGAAAUGAGGACAGCUCAACAAAAACCCGAUUCAAUAACCGUAGUGUCACUUCUCCAAGCAUGUGCUUCACUCGGAGCAUACAAUCAAGGGAAAUGGUUCCAUAACUAUGCUCUCAGAAACAACCUAGGACCGUGCAUACGUAUAGAGACAGCCUUGGUCGACAUGUACGCUAAAUGCGGCGAUCUAGAAUCUUCUAGAAGGUGCUUCGACGGAAUGCCACGUCACGACACGGUUUCUUGGACCGCGAUUAUCGCGGGGUACGGCAGCCAUGGCAGAGGGAUGGAAGCUUUGGAGAUGUACUCGGAGUUUCUACGAAGUGGGGCCCCACCUAAUGAUGUCAUUUUCUUGGCAAUUCUUUACGCGUGCAGUCAUAACGGGCUCGUUGAAAAGGGUUUGAGCUUAUUUGAGUCAAUGGUAAACGAGUACAAAAUUGAGGCCAGGAUUGAGCACCUUGCGUGUGUGGUUGAUCUUCUUUGUCGAGCGGGUAGGGUUCAAGAUGCGUACAGAUUCUACAAAGAGAAGUUUCUAGAACCUUCCAUGGAUGUUCUUGGGAUUUUGUUGGAUGCUUCUAGGAAUAGUGGGGAGGAAGAGAUUGGGAGGGUCGUUGCUGCGGAACUUUCCGGAAGCGAAAUUGGAGAUGGUGGGAAGUACGUGCAGUUGGCUCAUAGCUUUGCUUCGAGGGCGAAAUGGGAAGGUGUGGGAGAAGCUUGGGUACAGAUGAGGCAUUUGGGGCUUAGGAAGAUUCCGGGUUGGAGUUUUAUCGAAUUGCAUGGGACGAUUACGCCCUUUUUCACGAGACAUAGUUCUCACCCUCAGUAUGUGGAUAUUGUGUUUAUGUUGGGGAAUUUGAAUGAGGAGAGUAAGGAAGUGGUGUUGAAUUGGGAAGAUGAAGAUCUACCCUUGGAUUCUAAUGUGCUUUGA